ACAUGGCGCACGCGCUGAAAUGUGGUCCUUGCUUGUUCGAGGAUGUUACAGUUGAUCCACAACAUUUCUGUGUUGACUGCUUGGAAUAUCUGUGCAUGGCGUGUGCACGAGAACAUCGAAGACACAAAACAUUACGUGAACAUAAAUUACUCGGAGAGACUGAACUGCCACAAGACGCAACAUUAUUUGAAGAAAUGAAAAAAUUGUCGCAUUGCUCCAUACACGAUGACAUUGAACUUGACCAGUAUUGUAAAAAUCAUAAUGUUUUGAUAUGCCUGCAUUGUCUGAAAAACGACCACAGAUUGUGUGAAGAUCGGAUAGACCUUACAAAAUUGUUGGAAAAUGAAUAUGCGUCUGAAAAUGUACGUGAACGAAUCUUUGAGCUCCAGAGAAAGUGUCAAGUACAACUGACCAAAACGAUGGAAUUAUCAGAUGCAGCAAAUACCAAUAGCAAAGAAGUAGAGCAGCAUAUCAAUACUUUAGUUGAAACCUUGACGAAGAACGUUCAAAAUCUAGAGAAGAAGUUAAACGAAGAGCGCGAACGAUUAAUAUCGCCUGUGACGGAGUCUGUUAGACUUUCUAUGCAAACACUGUCAAGUAUCGAAAAGAAAGCUAUACAUUAUGCGAACCUAUUCGAUGUAGCGUCAACGUUUGGUACGAUGAAACAUAAUGUAGUCCUCCAUUUCGUGGUGUCAAUGUUGAUGAAAGAUUUAGAAGCAAAUGAUUUACUGAAGAAAAAUUCAACUGCGAAAAUAAAAUGUGUACAAGCUUUCAGCAGUGAAGAGAUUGUAAACAUGAUGGGUCAAUUCAGUCUAGCGUCAGCAUGUUCGGACGAACAAGGCUCGGAAUUAUGCAGUGAUGAAGCAUUAGAAGAAGAUUCAGUGAGGUUCCCUCCUUCUAAAACACGAACUGUAGCAACACAAGUGGAAGAACUGGUUGAUUCACAUACAAAAACAUCAAAGAAGUCUCUACAUAAAAUGAAGAUAUCUUAUAAUAAUGUAAAAUUAUUGCCUUGUGAAUGUCUUAAAAGGGACGACGAAUUUCCUCCAGUUAUUGGUUUAGAUGUAUUAACGGACGGCAGAAUACUAUUACUUCAUGAACGUAUGAUAAAGGUUUAUUCAUUGAAACUGGUAUUGGUUUCGAAGUUAAGUUUCGAUGUCAAUAGCUAUGCUAAAGAUAUGUGUGUUCUGGAAGACAAACAAGACGGCGUGUUUACAGUUGCACUUUGUUUAUAUCGCCUUUGUAAUUGCCAAAUUACAGUGAUGGAAUAUACUGGCGGAUUUUGUGAGAAAUACACUAUAAAUUGUAAAUACUACUUUAAAAGCAUCACAUUACUUGGUCAUCAUUUUUUAGUAGUUGGAUCAGGUCCAAUCCAGUUGCUUGACAUUUCUACUGGUCGUGUGUGUUAUGCCUUCGACGAUACAAUGUGGGCAAGCAACGGAUCAAAGAUUGAUACGAACAUAAACAGAGUCAGAGCUUGUAUAGCAACAAAGAAAAUUGCACUAGCCUGCAGUGACACAGUUUACCGAGUAAACAUAGAAGAUGACGAAUGUCAAAAUGACACAUUGCAUGCCGUAUGUCCGUUUGUUUGGAAAUACGAACAAGGUCGUGACAGCCGACCAGACAUAAAAGGAAACAAAGAUGUUAAGUGUGAUUCGCAAGGGAACAUGUAUAUUGCAAAUACGUGCGGUGUGUAUCAAUUUUGCCCUGAGGAUGGUCUAUUCAAAGAGAGACCUUUGAUAACAAUCCGUGCAAAUUGUACAGCAAUAGCAAUAGAUGAACAUAGGAACCGGAUAGUGGUUGCUUGUUCGAAUUCGACGAAUUCAAAUCUCAUAUACGUAUACGAGUACGAACUACCAGCUUCAGAAUAGAACCUGAUUAAGUCAGUCUAGAUGUUCGUUACAUUGAUGAAAAACUAGACUGACUAGACUGACUGUGUUAGUGAUCUGCAUUCGGCUGGUGUUUUGACCAGAUUACGAGUCAGUAAAUUCUACCGCAGAAACAAUCUUAUAAGUUAAAUGCGAAGAAACUUAUACAUUGAAAUUGCUCUCAAGAUCAGUUUUAAACAUUGUUUAUAUAACAUAUUAUUCGAGGAAUUUUAGUUUGUGAUAGCUUAUACUCGAGUUCAUGUACUUUGUGAAUAUAUCAGAUACAUGUGUGCAUUUAUAUGAUACACGAAUCUUCUGCUUAAAAAAUGUAUCCGCCGUUUCAAUUAAC